UGUGGCGAGAGAGCAGGCGAGAGAGAAAAGAAGAGAAGGAGAGAAGGAGGGGGAGAUUCUGGAGUGCGCGCGUCGUCCCUGCCCUCCGUUUCUACAUAGUGCUGCCUGCGCUCUUUCCUUCACGCGCACACACACACACACACACACACACACACGCAAACACACACUCUCUCUCACACACAGGCACAGACAAGCAUACACACACAGAACGAGGGAGGGCGAGAGAGAGAGAGAGAGAGAGAGAGAGAGAGAGAACAGAUCGCAGCAGAGAUGCAGCAGGAGGUUUUUCGAGGUUUGGGGGCGGGGUCGUGGUGUCCAGAAUGGACGGCUGGCACCCCCUCCAUACCAGAAUCGUACCCUUGGAGCUAAAUGAACUGCACCUGUCUGGCCCUGCUUUAAUCUUUGUGAAAACUCAAUUCAACGUCCAAGUAAGAAUCAUCGCUGUGUACAGCAUUCACAUCCAAGGACUGAGCUUUUCACCAACUGAGUCUACUCCUUUCCUGAAUGGCUGGCAAUCUUCCGUUCCAGUGGUGGACACUUUUCUAACGUUUACCUCGCUCUGUUCAAUAUUUCUGAGCUUACAGAACUGUAUUUACGCAUCUUGCUUCCUUAAGGGUCUGUUUAAAGUGUUUGGCCUUAAAAAGUGUCUCAAGGGACUAAAGGAAAAGACUCAAAUGAAACACAAAAAUAAGCAGAUGAGAGGAGACAGGAUGGGAGAAGGGACGGAUGAAGUGGAUGGUACAAAAACAACAAGGAUAUCCCUCAGUUUUCCAAUCAGCGCUGGACUGCCAGGUUUCUCUGCACAAAAGCACUGUCCGAUAAUUCAUCCCCCUUCGUCUUCUAUACCAUUUGAUAGGGAUGCUUCAAAUAGCACUGCAUGGAAGGAUGAAAAUCUCAGAGACAAACCUUUAUCAAAAGGAUCGAAAUCUGAAUACCUAUCCUGCUCUUCCUCCUCCACCCUCCCCAUUGAUUUGACUGCACCUGUCAGUAAGAACUGCAAAUCCACUAUGUCUUUUUCUGUGGCUGGUAGUGGCCCCCACUUUCCAACAUCUGCAUUGCACACAUCUGCUAAAAUGGACUACUCAAGAGAGACAUCUGGAGCUAGUCUGCCUAAUGACUAUCCAGAACACUCAACAACAGAGACUGCACAUAUCUUGUUCAACCUGAGCGCAAGAGCCUACCAGGGUCAAGUGACAAAGGACCUGGAAAGCGCAAAAGGCAAAAAACGUAAAGGAAACAGCCUACAUGUUGAACUGAGCCUCCCGCUUCCCAGUAUAAACCCACCAUCAUCUUCAUCAAGCCCUCCUCCUCUUUCACCCCCUUCUGUCUCUCCGUUGACCCUUCCUCCUCCAUCUUUCCAUGACUCCUAUCAAGCAGUGCCAAAACCAGAGCUGCUGUGUGGGGUAUGCCACCGUCUGUUCAGCACCGCCUCGUCCCUCACUGUGCACAUGCGUCUUCAUCGGGGUGGACGACUUCUCAGCUGCCGCCAUUGUGGUAAAUCUUUUAUCCAUAAUAAAAGACUGCAGUCCCAUGAGGCAACCUGUCGGCAAGCACUGCCAGCUCUCUCUAUCCAGCCUAAACAGGAACCUUUGGAGGAGGGGAAUGUGGAGAAAUCAAAUGAGGCAACAGAGCCAGAGCAGCUUGGGCAGGAGACAGGACCUGGACGACCCAUAAAGAAAGCACGAGGUCUCCAAGGACAUCAUGCCAGGGCACUGUCUCACAGUGAUGCCCUUAGGGAUGAGGAUCACUUUGUGAAGAUUGUUGAUGGACAUAUCAUUUACUUCUGCUCAGUGUGCGAGCGCUCCUACAUGACUUUGUCAAGUCUCAAGCGCCACUCUAAUGUGCACUCGUGGCGUCGGAAGUACCCGUGCCACUAUUGUGACAAGGUUUUUGCUCUUGCAGAAUACCGCACCAAACAUGAGGUGUGGCACACUGGUGAGAGGCGAUACCAGUGCAUAUUCUGCUGGGAGGCCUUUCCCACCUACUACAACCUCAAGACGCACCAGAAAGCAUUCCAUGGCAUUAGUCCUGGCCUUAUCUCAAGUGAGAAGACAGCCAAUGGAGGCUAUAAACAGAAGGUUAAUGCACUUAAACUGUACCGCCUACUACCUAUGCGCUCUCAAAAACGGCCCUAUAGGACAUACAACCAGGCUUUGGCCGAUGGCCUGCUCAAAGCUGACCCGUCAUCUACUUUACCUUUGCCUCUAGGCUGCAGCCUCCCUUCAAGUCUUGGUGCCAGUAAACUGGACUCUUUUCUUAAAGAUAUUCAUCCGCAAGACAUUAAGCCAGAUCCUGAGCGUUUCCUCAUCAAGAUGGACACAGAGCAGUGCAGGAAGCUGGCAACAGUGGAGCCAGAGGUAUCAGCAGAGGUCAGUGAGAAGGAAAGGUCAGAUUUACAUCACUCUGGCAACAGCAGCAUCAAAACUAAAAAUGUCAAAAACCCGGAGACGGCAGUUUCCUCUGUCAUCACAUUUGGACAUAGCAAACCCUCAGUCAUCAUGCAUAGCACAGCACUCCCAUCCUCUGUCAUUGUGCAAAGAGAUAAGACCCUUUCUGAUAAUGGAAAAUGUACUUCUGAGAGCAGUCAUGCAAUGGAUAAGAGUUUGCAAAAAACACUUAAAAAGCAUUCACAGAAAGAUCAUACACAUGGCCAUAGUAUGUGGAACACAACUGGCACAUGUGCAGAAGUCUCAAAAAUCCAACAGCCAACUGAAAAGGUUCACAAGGGACGAAAAGCUCAUAACAAGAGUGAGUCUAGCAAGGUGGUUCCCAUAUCUGUGGGUUCAGAGGUCAAAGGAAGUGGGCCUCUUUGUCAAAUCACUGUACGCAUAGGGGAAGAGGCUAUUGUCAAAAGGAGUAUAUCUGAGACAGACCUCAUGAGAGACAAAGGUCCAACAAGUAAAGACAAAAAGGGCAACUUCCUGCAUGGAGACCAGAGAGAACCACGACAUACCCACCACCACCAUCAUCAUCGCAAGCAUCACAGUCAUCGCAGUUCUAGCCAGGAAGAAAGAGAUUUUAAACUGCCAGGCAAGGUGAGGAAGUAUUUCUUACGACAAGAAGUCAGGGAGGAUAGAAAUGAUCACGAUGGUGAAGACAACCUGUGGAGACCCUAUUAUUCAUAUAAGCCCAAGAGAAAGGCUUUGCAUAUGCAGAAGAUCAAGAGCUGGCAGCGCAAAAUGCACUACAAACGAUCACUGCGGCUGAUGAAGCGAGCAGAAAGACUAAUGGAUGAUGUAAACAAAGAGGGCGAUGGGGAAGAGGAAGAAGAAAAAGAUGAAGUUAAAGAGGAGGAAAAUGAAGUUUUUCAUCAGAAGGAGAUCAAAGAUGAUACUCAACCUCCUUGUAUUCCCACAACAGAAGAGAAGGAGGAAGAGAAGGAGGGUACUGGAAAGCAUGAUCUUUCUUUCUCCACAGCUUCAUCCCAAUCCAAUCUGAAUCCCCAAUACACAGUUUCCCCUACCAUCAAGCAACGUUGGUCUGGAGACCAGGCAUCUGAAUGUGGAUCUUGUGGUCGCUGGUUUUCUAGCUCAAGGAAGCGAGACAAACAUGAGCUAACACAUCUAUUCGAGUUUGUGUGUCUGCUUUGCAGAGCUACUUUUCCUUCUCAGACCAAAUUAGAGGAACAUCAAAGAACCAGUCACCCAAAAAAUAAACCCCUGUCUACCUCUGCUUCAUGUAAUUCAGAGUCAUCAAGCAAGGAAAAUUCGAUGGAAUUAGAGGAGACAAGCAGUGUAUUAAACAGGCGGUUCUUAGAAAAGGGAAGUGUCGCUCGCUUGGGAAGAAGACCAUUGACUAGAUAUACAUGCUCACAGUGCGAUAAAGUUUGUAAGACUGCUGCUGCACUAAACUGUCACCUGAAGAGGCAUGAGCUAGGCAACACUACGGAGACCAUACAGCCAGUGCUGGACAUUCAAUGUCAUAAUACUGUUGUACCAGAAGUAGAUAAAGUUCAAAGGACAGAUUUGGACAAUACACCUAGGCAUGCGCAACCCAUACCAGUUAUCAUCUCAAAUCUCAAAUCAGGUUCUCAACACACACAGAGACUGGCAAAGGAAUGGAAUGAAGAGCACCAAAGAUUAGCUACUGGUGAAAGUCCAAAGUUAGCAGCUUUUGACAAAAUCCAGAGUUCACAUUUGAGCACUGUAUCUUCCCCAGUUAGACUCAGCCCAACACCAGAAAGGCCAAAGGUAAUUUCUCCUAGUCUCCCCAGUGUGUUGGCAAUGAAUGGAGCAGAAUGCCUGGACUUCCGGACUCCCGAGAAACGGAGUCUAGACGUACAGGAUCAGAGGAGGAGAAGCCUUACACCCACAGAAAGACCAAACCAUGUAUGUCAAGUCCAAAUGGCAGAAAAUGUUAGAACAGAAGCAGAUCCAUCUCUAUCUACUGCAUUACAAUCAGUCAAAGAGAAGGUGUUGAGCGAUCAAGAGGUAGAAACACAGCAACACAGUGAUGUUCACAUUAGUGAUCCUUCAAAAGAGACUGCACAAGAGGCUCAAGAUCUUCGAGUAUCCAGAACAGCUUGCAGGAUCCAAGCAGAGGAUUUGUCCAUGCCAACGAUACUGGCAAGGGAAAGGGAGUUUUCCCAGCAAACUGUAUACCAGUACUCGAGUAACAAAAUCCGUUCUACGGAGGAUGUGAUGCUUCUAGUGCCCAAAGAGGAGCCACUGAGCCCUGUGCCCUCUCCCACAUGCUCUGUCAUUCAAACCACUCACAAAGGACCCCCACAACUGCACCCACAGUCCCCUUGUCACUCUCCAAGACCUUUAAACCUACAGUUGCGGUCACAUUUAGAGACAAACCAAGCACAUCAUGGAAUGCACGGUGCUGAGAAACAAAGAUCUGUGCUUACAACGUGUUCAGGUCACAGCAGUGAACCCCCCUCUUCUCGUUCUGCACUGCACCCCCAACUGCCCCAUUCAGAGCCAGAGACAAAGGACAGCACCUCUUCAAGAGAUCCCUGUAGAGAAUCUGGCUAUCCUGUUCAGGAGUACGCGCUUCCCUUAAUCAUACCAGGGGGUUACUGCUCUAGUAAGAAACAGGAGGACCAGAUGCUCAUGUCGUACCCUUCUGCACCCUUGUCUUUUGGUGCACUGGGGAAGAUGGUACCCCAUCCUGAUUCAACAAAACUGCCAUUUUACCCCGAUCCUUAUCAACUCCUCUAUGGCCCACAACUACUUCCAUACCCGUACAACCUUGCCACCCUGCCUAUGGCUCUUAAUAUGAUGGCACCAGGGGACAAAGUCGAGCCCUUGCCCUUUUUACCCACUCUUUUCAACUAUGCUGCAGUAGGUGCCCCUUUGCCACACCCUAUAGUAGUGAACCCCAGCCUAUAUAAUAGCAGCAGUAGCACAAAGCGCAACAGUGACAACCCAUGAACGUACGUGGAGUCCACAGCACUGAAGGAAUACUGUACAGCUAAAAAGAGGACCAGGCUUUAGAUGGAAGAUGAAUUGUUGCUGUUUGUAAACUGAACUACUUGCACAGACGUUUAAGUCUUUUUGGAAAAGUAGCAAAAAACAAAACAAAACAUAGGUGUAUGUACAAAAUUAAAUAUAGUGAAGUAAUAGAGAGGUGGCUUGGAGGCAGGACCUGUGGUUAAAGAGGAGGUUGAGAUCUGUUGAUCUGGUGAGCUACUGGUUCAGUGUGAAGCUCUUCUCUUUGCCAAUGGCAAAAACGCACCUCUGACACACCACUCCUCUCCCUCUUUAGAAGAGUUAGAACUUGGUUAUCCGUCCUCUCAGAUUUGUUGUAAUAACUGGUAUAAAUAAUACAUCUGGACAGCUAACAGGGUGUGUAUUCUGGAAAAAAAAAGACAAAAAAAGUGCUUUCCGUUAGUGACAGUAUACCAAUAAUGAUCAUAUUUGUAGGUCUGAUAUAGGCUUUUAUUACUGCAAAUAGUAUAGUAAUAUAGGGGCCAAGCUCUUCAGGCUAAAAUGGAAAAAUACACACUCAGUUCAGUGAAGGAAGACAAUAGCAUAUAAGCAGUUUAUCGUGUGUGUGUGUGUGUGUGUGUGUGUGUGUUACAACCUUUCAUCAUGCAUGUAGUUUGGGGUAGCUGUCUUUUUAACAACAUUAUGUAGGUUUUGUUGUGUGUAUUUUCAGUACUGGCUUCGAUGUGAGUGUCUGCACCGUGUGCGUGCGUGUGUGUGUGUGUGUGGGUGUCUUGAGGGUGAUGUGUGCAUGCACUGCACAGUUGUAGCCAGCAACGUUUGUGCUAUAUCCGCCUCGCUCAGUUAAACGGAUAUUGAUAUCGAUGCGGAUAUAUGAGCAUCAUUCCUGGACAGGCUGUUACAACUUUUUGUAGAUCAGCAAGUAGACAAAUUAGAUGAGGUUCUUCCUUUGUCAGUCACGACUUUAAUAGCUUACCUACAUGUCAUAUUGGAUGGAGUUUGUUCAUAUGUGAUCUUUUCUUCUUCUUCUUCUUCUUCUUUUUUCUUUAAACUAACCAGCAUCAUGGUUGCUUGGUAAUUUAAUGGCAAUUAAGGAUGGACUGCAUUUUGCAAUGUCAUGUACACAAUAUGUUUGUAGACCAGGUUGGAAUGAUUGUUAGGUGGCUCGAGUGAAGAACUGGACACAAGAUCUUUUUUUUUUUCCCUUUCUUUGUUUUUUAAACAUCCGAGUACUCGUCAAUUACCUUAUCGUCGUUUCUAGAAAAGAAAAUAAGUUUAGUGGCCUUCUCCUCCCCAGUGCCCCCUGGUGUCCACAAAGACACUCCAUUUACUUGACUGAAAUCUGAGAGAGACCGAGGUAAAAAGCAGAUGAGAGCGACAGAGAGAGUGGGAGGGAAGUGGAGCAAAGUGCAGCGAGUCUGUUAUCGGCAGUAGAACUUCCAUUACAAAGUCGCAGAAAAAUAAAGCUCUAAGCAGCUGGUGAAUAGCGUUUUUCAGGCAGACGUGAUCUAAGGAAGCCUGUUCCGUGUGAGCUAGGGGUUAUGUUGGCUAGCCAACCGUCUCUCUCCACGUCUCCUCUGCAGUGCACAGAAACAGCAAGAGUUGACGUCAGCUCCUCCUGACGUCUGCGCGUGGUCUGAGUUGCAAUGCUUAGGACUUAAAAAAAAAAAAAGAAAAGAAAGAAGGAAAGAAAGAAACAAAAAAAGAAGAAAUUCUUCACUGACCUGGAGUGGCCUGAACACUCCUUUAGAACUUUCAUGUUUUAUAUAUAUAUAUACAUACAUAAAUAUAUAUAUAUAUAUCUUUUUAAAACAAUAUAAUUUGUUUAUUUUACCUAUUUUUCCCUUUUUGAUAGAGAGAUUUGUGAGGAUUUGUGAGGAUUGUGCUUGAAGGUGGUCUUUCAAGUGCAUACAAAUAUGAAUGUAAUUUUAGUCAUGAGGUUUAAAAAAAACACAUGAACAGUAUGGUAGAUGUUUUCUGACUUGAAAAAUAACAUGUAAUAACGAACCGCUAUGAGGUAUUCACAUAUAUACAGUAGACUUAGAAACAUGUCUAGGAACUUGGAUUCAAUAUAAUCAUAACGCAUGAGCAGCACUCGCUUCUUCAUUAUUCUCUGGUAUCGCCAUAACAAUCAUUACAUCGCUUUCUUUCUCAUGUGUGGUUCUUUUUUUUCCUUUCUUUUUUUUUUUUUUUUUUUGCUGAUGGUUGGCUCGAAAUACUAUCUGCUGUAAAACUCUCUAUUUCCAAUGAAUCUUUCUUUUCGUUCUAUCAAUUUUUUUGUUUGUUUUUUAACUUAAAACUGAAACCAAACCAAAACUAAGACCAUUCACCAUCAUGACGAUGUGCUCCGUGACUUUUACAGAGUUACAGCACGAGCUGUCCACUUAUAAAAUUCCCCACAAACACGAAUCAUCCACACUGUGAUUUUCCCCCCUCCUUACCGCUACUGAACGUUUUAUCCUGUCUUUUUAAAGCGAACUCGUCGAAGCCGCAGCACUGUUCAUUUCCGAACACAAUGAGAAGAUUUGUUGCUUUUCUUGGGUGUAGGUACUUUCAUGUAGCGUGUGUGAGUGUGUGAGUGUCAGUACGUCUAUGUGUGUGUGUGUGUUAGAGCACAUUUAAGGAAAAGGAAAACCAAAACAAGCACUAUAUCCCUUGAGGCUUGCCACCAAAUCAAAGUUUGGUUUUGGAUCUUUACCAACCUGUUGUUAAAUCCUCCUCACACACUUUCCUCAUGAGCAGUGUUGGGUUGGAACAGAUUGCAUGCAAUCUGAUUAAUCAAAGAGCACGUUUCAGAAAUAUCUGUCAUCAGAUCGCAGUUACUUUUUUUAGAUUUUAACUAAUAUAUAUAUAUAUAUAUAUAUAUAUAUAUAUAUAUAUAUAUAUAUAUAUAUUCCUCUUUUUUUUAAAAAACUUUCUAAUUUUAGUCUAAGCAUUCCAGUUGUGUUCAAAUCAUUCCAGCUUCGAUCUAUCAAUAGACGGAGCUCAUUUCCAGGAUAUACCAGAAAAAAAAAAGAAAUAAACCUGAUACAAACGUUACUGUGAAUCACAUUUUUUUCCUCAAGCUAUCUUUGACGUGUAUUGAUUACACACUGAUUACAAACUUUAUCUUUAAUAAUAGAUGAUGAUAGGACUGUUAUAUAAACAUAAUUUGUGUAAAUUUAAUAAAUUAUUUUAAUAAAUUACUGUUAUGCUAGAUCACAAAAAUUCUCUAAAAUAAAGUUUUUUUUUUUUUGGUGGAAUAAAUAAAGUAGUAAGUUAGAUUUUUUAUUAGUUCUUUUUUAUUAUGACAAAGCCCAUAAGAAGCCCCAAGUAUUUUGUUUUUAUCCAAUCUUAAACUUUACAUUUUAAUUUUGAAUAUUUUUAAUUUACUCAACACUGCUCAUAAGGGAAAACAUCCUGUUAUACGUCCAUAAUAUUGUCCAUAAAAAAGGACAAAAAUCUAAAAAGUAGAUAUAUACAUUUCUCACAUCAAGUUUCCUGAUUUUAAAUCCCUUAAAAUCUUUUUCAAAUAAGCUGCCAAGAACAGACAUUACGUUAAUUUAUGAUCAUGCACUUUACCAAAAUUUUGAUUACCAAACCAAAUUUGUAAUUUCAUGUACCAUGUGUAUUAUUAUUAUUAUUAUUAUUAUUAUUAUUAUGUAAAAUCAUCUCACAAUGUGAAUGUUGAAUAACCAAGGACCUAUUCUAGAAUCCUGCGAGCAGGACAAACAUUUCAAGGCAGUUAUAUUUGCCAUCAAAAUACGGUCUUUACAAGCGAAAUGACAGAAUGAGUGUAGGUGAAUGCACCUAGUUACUGUAUCAAGGGUCACACACCCCACACACUUUUUGUGUUUAAGCUCUUACUAGAAUGCAAAUAUUAGGAAGCAACCAGCAGAAGACCCCAAUAGGACAUGACGACUUCAGUUCAAAUCGCUAAAGGUUUAGCUAUGUACUGUAUGUGUGUUCAGCAGGUCUAGUCUUAGGCAUGUGAUGGAUUUUGUCCCGGUAUUGUGAAAAUGUACAAGCUACAAUCGUGCCAUUGUUUUAGAGGUUCACAUAUUUGGCCUGAAAUGUUUCCUGAAAUGUUUGGUUGUUUCUUGUUUUUUUUUGUUUUUGUUUGUUUUUUUUUUGACACACAAAGGUUCUGUUAACACAUUGCCAAAUCAAGCCUGUAAUAAUCUAUAUUUUUUUGUUCACUCUAUACCUUCGCUCUAGUUCUUCAGUCUCCCUCUGUCCAUGCUACAACCAUACAAAUAAAGUAUUAACCUGAUGACCUA